AUGGAGAUCUGGGUGUUCUCAGAGCUUGUGAAUAAGAGCAGGGUGGCUGAGAAGUGUGUUAGAAAGGCUGCAGCAGAAAAAGGGAGUAUAAGGAUGCCAUUCCAGAGGACUACAGGGAGGAAUUUUGGACCUAGGGGCAAACAGUUCAAGCGUGGUGGCUUUGUCCCUCAGAACAAUCAGGGGCAGGGCAACUUUAGGAGGCCAAAUGCCAAUGCCAAUCAGGGAAGAAGCUGCCCAGAGAAGAAGAGGUAUGAAAUAGGUAGAGUGCAGCAACCAGGGAGAGUAUACACUACUUUUGCAGUAGGCACUGAGGGGUCAGAGACAUUGAUCAGAGGUAACUGUGAGAUGGCUGGUAAAAUUUUGAAUGCCUUGUUUGAUUCUGGAGCUACACAUUCUUUUAUUGCAUUUGAGAAGGCUGAUGAGUUAGGGUUGAAAAUAGUAGUCAUGAUAUGA